GUGAGACCACAGUAGCUUGCGAAGUGAAGAUCUGCCUGCAGUCGUGCAGCGAGCUGCUGCGCUCUGCCUCUCAUGUUCCCGCUCACUGUUGAUCACUCUCACACACAUUUGCUUUUGUAGCUGCUUUCUGCUUCACUUAUCUGCCUUACAUCUUCUUACUUUAACUUCUCACUACACUGUUUCCCUCCAGAGUGGAGAGAUGAGAGCAGAGCUGUGGGACUUUGUUUUGUUGAGAACAAUAACUGCAGCGAACGUUUGAAGAAAAUUGCCUCUUGGAACGCCAGAGGGGUGAAAAAGGGAAGAAGGAGCACUGGCUAAGAGUUUUUUUUUACUCUUUUUUUUUCUUCUUCGGGGGCGCAGAGGUUGCCCUCCAGAUAAUGAGGAUGAUCCAAAGCCACACACACUGAGACUUUAACGGACAAACUAGCUGGACACUUAACAACGGAGAAAUAACCCAAGGAGAAAGGAAUUUAAAAGAAGCCAUUAUGAAUGCCACAGAAUACCAUGGACUGAUCCAAGGCUACCACAACAGGAGCCAAACCUCAGGCAAUUUGCCAUUUAACAAAGACUUAUCAGGAGAGGAAAAAGACUCAUCUUCUGGAUGUUAUGAGCAGCUGCUUAUUUCCACUGAGGUUUUCCUCACUCUGGGCAUCAUCAGUUUGCUGGAGAACAUCCUGGUUGUUGCUGCUAUAAUCAAAAACAAGAACCUUCAUUCACCUAUGUACUUUUUCAUCUGUAGCCUUGCAGUUGCUGACAUGCUCGUCAGUGUCUCUAAUGCCUCAGAGACUAUUGUUAUAGCACUCAUCAAUGGAGGCAGCCUGACCAUCCCCGUCACACUGAUUAAAAGCAUGGACAAUGUGUUUGACUCUAUGAUCUGUAGCUCUCUGUUGGCAUCCAUCUGCAGUUUGCUAGCGAUCGCCAUCGACCGCUAUAUCACCAUCUUCUAUGCCCUGCGAUACCACAACAUUGUCACCCUGCGUCGUGCAAUGCUGGUCAUCAGCAGCAUCUGGACGUGCUGCACCAUUUCCGGCAUCUUGUUCAUCAUCUACUCGGAAAGCACCACUGUACUCAUCUGCCUCAUCACCAUGUUCUUCACCAUGCUGGUGCUCAUGGCAUCACUCUACGUCCACAUGUUCCUGUUGGCUCGCCUGCACAUGAAGCGGAUCGCAGCCCUACCGGGCAACGCUCCCAUCCAGCAGCGUGCCAACAUGAAGGGUGCCAUCACCCUCACCAUUCUCCUUGGGGUAUUUGUGGUAUGCUGGGCACCCUUUUUCCUCCACCUCAUCCUUAUGAUCAGCUGCCCCAGGAACCCCUACUGCACCUGCUUCAUGUCCCAUUUCAACAUGUACCUCAUCCUCAUCAUGUGCAACUCUGUCAUUGACCCCAUCAUCUAUGCUUUUCGCAGCCAAGAGAUGAGAAAAACCUUCAAAGAGAUUUUCUGCUGCUCGCAUGCUCUGCUGUAUGUGUGAGCUGCCUGUAAAGUGUCCGCUGUGAACCCACAGCCUGCAAUUUAAAUCAAAACCUGGCCAACAUGGACUCUGAGAGUAUGAUAUCUCACAUGUUGCCGGUAAGUGAUUUAUUUGGGCACCCAACUUUGGUUUCAGGUUGCUGAUGAGGUAGGUUUACAAACAUCUUGUAAUAUAGCACAUUGCUCUUCAGACAAGUGCUAAUUUGUUUUGUAGUGAAUGCCAUUCAUAAGUGCAAUUUCAAGUUUGAAGUGACCAGCAAUUGCAGAUUGCUUCUCUUUCUCACUCGGAAAAUAUUUUCUAUUUACCUUCUGCGGUCAAGAGAGCUAACAUAUUGCUUAUUGUUAUUAACUUUGUAUGUACAGGAUUAUGACACCGAAGUAUUGUGGCAACAUGGAACAUAAAUGUCACAGUAAAUUAAUUAUAUAUGGCACAUCUGACAGAGUUUAUACAGACUACCUCCAGGUUUGGGAGUGCCAUUCUCCUCAAAACAAAUACAGUGCAUAUUGAAAGCAUAUAUACUUACAUCCACAGCUUGUGUUUGUAUUUAUGUUUUGUGUUUGUGUGUGUGCAUAUAUAUAUAUAUAUAU